AUGGAGACGACCGGGGCGCGCGUGCCGGCGCGGCCGACGUUCUCGCGGCCGCCCUUCGGCCUCCCGCUCCCCGUCCCGCGGCCGCCGCCCCUCCCCCUGCCCCUGCCCCUGCCCCUGCCCCUGCCCCUGCCCCGGGCGCAGCUGUCGGCGCCGGCGCGGGGCGCGGGGGGCGCCGGGGCGGGGGCGGGGCGGGGGGCGCGCUCGGCGGGGGCGGGGCCGCGCCGCCGGGGGGCGGGGGCGGGGGCGGACGAGCCGCUGCCCAACGCCGUGCUCGUUACCGGCUACCCGCCCUACACCAAGCCCCAGGACCUCGCCCACGCCUUCUGCAAGUUCGGGUCCGUGCGCCUCAACCACGACUGGAUCACCGACACGGCCGCCUGCCUGGAGUUCGCGGAGCCCGAGCACGCCCGGGCGGCCAUACGGGAGAGUCGAGCCGUGAACGUAUACGGCGCCUUCCUGACGGUCACGGCCUGCACCGUCAACACCAGACCUCAGAGGCAGCCCCGAAAGAGAGAGCCCAGGGUCGGCAAGGGACAGAACUUCAAGGGCGCAAUAGUGGAGCCGACGAAGAUCCCGCUCCGGGGCGCUUUCCAUCAACAGCUAGACGCCUUGCUGUGCGCCGUGCGCCUCACGCGGCCCGAGGUCGAGCGCCUCGGCCAGCUCUACCGUGACGUCGAGUGCGUGCUCGGCGAGUUGUGGCCCGGCUGCCGCGCGAUCCCGUUCGGGUCGGUGACGACGGGCCUGGGCGUGAAGUCGUCGGACGCGGACUGCUUCGUGUCGCUGCCGCGCGCCGCCUCGGGCGCCGCCUCGGGCGCCGCCUCGGGCGCCGUCGGCCGCGCCAGGCGAGCCCUGCAGGCCCACCCCCGAGUCUUCGGCGAGCUGCUCGCCAUCCCCCGCGCCAACACCCCCAUCGUCAAGUUCCUCCAUAUCCCGACGGGCGUCUACUGCGAUUUGAGCUUCAAGACUCCGCUCGGCUCCCGCAACAGCGAGCUGGUAUCGUUCCUUCUCUCGUGCGACCCUCGCCUCGUCCCCGUCGCGGUCGCCGUCAAGUACUGGGCGCGAGUCCACGGGCUCACGGGCACGGGGAAGUUGACCAACUACGCGUUGACCGUGAUGAUCAUAUUCUACUUCCAGCGGCCGCCGGCCUCGAUCUUGCCCGCGGUCGAGCGGCUUCAGCGGGACCGCGGCUCGGACUACUUCGUGGACUAUUGGAACACGGGCUUCGUGAGCGACCCGCGCCGCGUCCCCAAAUCUACCGACGCGUCGUCCGUGGCGGAGCUGCUCGGGGGGUUUUUCGAGUAUUACGCUAAAUUUGACUUCGAGAACCUCGUCGUCUGCCCGUUCCUCGGUCGAGCUGUCAAAAAGGACGACUUCCGAGACCCGAGGCUCCUACCCGAGGCUUUCGGUCUGUAUAAGAAAAACGUCUGCGGCGGCGUGUCGCUGCCCAUCCGCUUCGCGACGUCCAUGUGCGUCCAGGACCCUUUCGAGCAGUGUCACAACGUCGCAUCCUCGGUGUCCUCGCGGUUGGCCGCAGAUAUCCGCGCCUAUUUCAAGUUCGCCGCCGGCGCGUACGAGAGAGAAAAACUGAAAGAUUUUUCGGGGCUGCUGCCGACGAUCCUCCUCGAGAGGCCGGAGCUGCCGCGGAGCGAGAGGGGCGGCUGCGAGUUCCGCGCGCGCCUCCCGCCGCGGCUGCUCGGGCACCUCGCCGCCGACUGGAAGGCCGCCGUGCGGGACGUCGUCUUCCAGGUCUUCCGGACCAUUCUCAGGGUCCAACUUGACAAAAUCGACGCCUCCCCCUCGGAGACCGUCGGGGCCACGUCGAGGAGGGAGAGGGAGCGGUACUCGGGCGCGAUCACGCGCGCCAUCUGGAAGCGGAAGACGCUCUCCAAGCUGUACGGCGCGAUGGGGCUCCGGCUCCUCGACCGCGAGACGAUGAUCACGGACGAGAUCAUGAGGGUGGACGGGAACGCGAUCGACGUGCGGGUGACGGUGCUGCUGACGUACGCGGAGGCGCCGCGCCAGGCCGCGGUGGCCGUGCGCCGCGCCGCCGGCGACAUCAACGCCUUCAAGGAGUUCGGCAAGUUCUUCAACGACACCUUCCGGCGCUGGUUCGUCGUCCUCUACCAGCCCUACUGCAGGAGAUCCCUCCGAAAUACGAACGCCGAGAACGGAGCGCCGGCCGCCACGGACGAGGAGGCCGCCGCGAAAGAGCUCGAGGAGCUCAUGAAACAAGACAAGGAUUUAGACGAGAGCGACUCCGACGGCGACUCGGCUCUCAGCUACGAGGACGAGAGGGUAGAUCCGAACGCGACCAAUUCGGAAGUGGGAGAAAGCGAAGCGAGUGCGAAACCGAGUGAUGCGGACGAGAACAUUAAAAAUCAAUCAAAUAGUGCUGUUAAAAAACAGACUGUGAAUGAUAAAAUAUGUGAUACGAAAGAAAAUUAUGACAAAGUCCGAGCGGAUAAAAUACCUGACGAGGAAGGGUUGAACGCAUCCGAUAAGUCGCCGCGUAGGCGCAAACAUAAAAAGCGACACUCUGACAGAGAUCUACCGAUAAACCGCUUAAACGACGGGGUUGAAGCUUUAAACUUAACUGUCGAAUCAACGCAUCAGCGACAUACAGUAGACGAUCAAAAUGAGGGGAGAGAGUCUCGGAACGCAUCAACAAGGAACAAAAACGGAACGCGGCACGGUGACCAUAAUGACGCCGGCCAAGAAAUUGUCAAGAGCGAAUAUACGAGACGCGGGCACAGGAAGGGCAAAGACAACACGCAGAGCGCUCCCGCGGGCCAGAGCGGCCGCACCGGGCGCGCCGGGGGAAACGCACAGAUGCCUUCAUGUUAGCGUGUACUCGACUACUCACUCAAAUACAUAGAUUAUAAAUGUUUAUUAUUGCCCUUAGUGAUAUUGAAUUGAAUGUAGCUAACUUCUAUGGACUAAGAGCUAUAGGUAAUUAUGGAAUAGAGCGUCUAAACUUAUCAGAAUCGUUUUUUAAGGAGAAUUUGACAUUCAAAUUAAUGUUAAUGCUAUUUUUUGUAUGUAUAAUUACUUCAUUUUCAAUCAAUUAUUAAAUUUUAUUUCUCAUAA